AUCGCAUUGAUCACUAAAAAUUAGGCGUAAAAUAAUACGUUUGAGAAACAAUAAAUUUCAACUCAUCUAGCAAAAACUUACAAAAUUCAAAUUUUCGUUGCUAAAUAAAUAAGAAUUGCAGAUAUGCAUGAUGAUACUCCCUGAUGGAAUUACUAUUAACGAUGGAUAUUGUCAAUACAAAAUGUACGAUCAAACUGCUGCAUUUUUGCAGAAAUUACCCCAUCGAUUCCUCAAUAAGAUUUCAAAAAACAAUUUUGAACACAUCGGAGGUUCACCUCGCAAGAUGGUGUAUUACUAUUCAAAGAGAUUCCCAAACAUGUGUAUGAGUUCAUCAUUUUAUGAUGACAUAAUGAGUAUUGCAGAAAUUCAUUUUAAAUAUUAUCAAUCUCGUUGGUUUGAUUUUGGCCAACUCCAUGAUCAGUCAUCAGUUAAUGAUAAUGCCAUUGCAUGGAGUAAACGCCCAGUCAUACAACCAAUAAUUACAUCAAUACCAUAUUACAAUACUCAAAAAGAAAAACCAAUUAAUCAAACAUUAAAAUUAAAAUUUCCUAAUAAACUAGUCACUAUUCUAGUACCUAAUUCAAAUUCUAAUGAAACACUUUUACCACCUAGUUCACCUUUAAAUUUUGAAGUAUCUGUUAAAACAGUUUUAUCUAAUAACAAUAAUGAUUAUAGUAAGUUUUUUGAAGAAAAUAAUAACAAUAAAAUUAAUAUAAUUGAAAAUGAAGAUGAUACUAAAUUUGGAAGCAUUAGUUCAGAUGGUUCCAGGUCUGAUUUAACUGAUGAAAAAAUGAUAUCAUAUGCUGAAGUUAUAAAACAUCCUAAACCUCCUAAGGUAAAAAAAAUUACAAAAACCCAUGUAACUGAAGAACCUAAAAAAGAAGAAUUAAUCAAAUCUAAUAGAAUUCCUCCUUCAAAAAAAGUUUCAAUCAAAUUACCUGAUGCUCCGUUUUUACCAAAUAAUCAACAUUGUGCUUUUUGUAAAAAUAAUGGUGAAGAAGAAUCUGUAUAUAGAACACAUUUUGUAAAAGAUGAAUCGGGAAAUGUAAAAUGCCCUUUUUUGUCUAUUUACACGUGUCCACAAUGCAAAGCAACUGGAGCAAAAGCUCAUACAAUUAGUAGAUGUCCAUUAAGUAAUAAAAAUAGGUCGAACAAAUUUAAUAAACAGUAAUCAUCUCAAUUAUUAUAAUUUUUUUUUUUUACAUUGUUGACGUUUAAUAUAUAUUUUUUAAGUUUUAUUUAAUUAAUUUAUUUUCUUAUUUUGAUUAGAAAAUGUUGAGCUUUGUA